CAUGCUCAGGCUCCACAACACCUCAGCACCCUUCCUCAGGGCCUCCAGCGCCGUAAAAAAGGCCCUGACCGCUCAGAAGAGCAUCGUCAGCGCGCCCACCGCCGCACCAUGUCAAAAGAGGCAUCACACCCAAUUCGUCCGCCCCGCGUCCUUCGCGGCAGCCCGAAAACCUCAUCCGCCGCCCUUGCCUGAGAUCGCCGAGACGCCCACGAGGGAUCCCGAGCUCCCGACCAGCAGCGCAAACGAGAGGGAGGUGUUCAUCCACUGGGAUGGUGCCAAUUGGUCCAGAUUUCACAAUAUCUGGCUGCGAGACCACUGCCGCUGUGCCGACUGCUUCCACCCGACGACGAAGCAGCGCCUGGUCGACACGUUCGAGAUCCCUCCAGAUCUAGAGCCCGCGUCUGUCGAGCCGAAGCCGGAGGGGCUGCAAGUGACCUGGCCAUCCCCAUCUCAGCCUCAUGUAUCUCUGUACCCCUGGUCAUGGCUGCGUCAGAAUCGGUACGAUCCACCAGUGACACAGGCAGCAGAUGAAAAGGUCCUCUGGGGGUCAAGAAUCGUCCAAGAUCCGCCCACUGUCCCGUACGAAGAGGUCAUGGCGGAAGAUGGACACGGCUUGUACAAGUGGCUGAGCGGAAUCCAUAAGUUCGGUUUCUGCUUCGUCUCUGGUGUGCCCGAAACACCAGAGGCGACCGAAGAGCUGUCACGACGCAUUGGUUUCAUCCGAGAAACGCAUUAUGGCGCGUUCUGGGACUUCACGGCAGACCUCGCGCGCGGAGACACUGCAUACACAAACAUGGCGCUCAGCGCCCACACCGACAACACCUACUUCACCGAUCCCUGCGGCGUCCAGCUCUUCCAUCUCCUCUCGCACACCGACGGCACAGGCGGCGCGACGCUCCUCGUCGACGGCUUCUACGUCGCCUCGAUCCUCAAAGAGCUGCACCCCGACGUCUACCACCUGCUCUCCACCAUCCCCGUCCCCGCGCACGCCGCCGGCGAAGAAGAUACGUUCUAUCAAGCCACGCGGCCCGUCCUCGGGCACGACUCGGUCACCGGCGAGCUGAAGUCUGUGCGGUGGAACAAUGACGAUCGCAGUGUGCUUCGCGACGUGCCGGCGGGGAGCAUGCUCCAGUGGUACGACGCCAUGCGGACGUGGAACAAGUUCCUCACGAGCCCUGACUCUGAGUACUGGGUGCAGCUCGCCCCUGGCACCGCCGUCGCGGUCGACAAUCAUCGUGUCCUCCAUGGCCGAUCCGCAUUCACGGGCACCCGCCGCAUGUGCGGGGCCUACAUCGGCGCGGACGAGUUCCGGUCCCGUCUGAGUGUCUUGGCCGAACGGUUCGGUAAGAGCGAAGCGGAGAAUGGGUCUCGAGAUGUGCCUGCUGCAAGACGUGGAGUGUGGAGCGUCGGGCUAUGAUGCUGCCCGAUUUUUGGCCGUGGGUUGAGUUGACGAUGCCGCGAGGGCUGUAUCUAGUGUUGUACGCUACAGGAUGCCGCACUCUGUAACACCGAACUAGGGUUAGGGGUG